AUGCGAAAGCUAAUCACGUGCGUCUAUUGUGCCGCGUUUGUCGCCGUUGUUUGCGCUGUGGAUGCGUAUGGUGUGCUGGAGGUGAGUAGAAAUGCAUCACCGGAUGAGAUCAAGCAGUCGUACAAAAGACUAGCGAAGCAGUGGCAUCCAGACAGAAACAAAAAUCCAGAAGCUUCCGAGAAGUUCAUGGAAAUAAGUGAAGCUUAUCGGAUUUUAUCCAAUGAAUUAGAGAGGCGUAUGUAUGAUUAUUCAAGUUCUUUUCAACAAGAACAAGAAAGAUCAUUUUAUGAGACAGCAUUGUCUAGCCUGGAUGUGUCCCCAUCAUCAAUGUUUCUGCUGAUCGUCAUGAUCACUCUCAUUCUUGCAGCACAGUGUAGUUCCCAAUAUGGAACAUCAAGUUCUAAACAGAAAACUGAAUAUGACAGUAUUGGUGUCCCUCGGUUGACACACAAAAAGAUGGAUACAAUGAUCAUCAAUCCUGAUGUGAUGCGAAGAUGUGUUGUUGUGCUGGUGAGCAGGAAAGAAUCACAAUUGGAGACUAUCAGAGCAUUCAGGCAGGCUAUAGAACCUUAUCUCAGGGAUAAUCGUGUGUGUUUUGCCUGGUUGGCCACGUACGACAACCCCAACUGGCUAGAAAUCAUCAAAACUCAUUCAUCUGGUGUGGCCAUGCCUCUCGGUAAUGGCAGCAUUGUUGCUUUCAAUGGCAGGAAGAUGUACUUCAGUGUGUUGGCUGGAGAUGAUCUGUACCCAACUGAUCAAGCAAGCGGCAGUGAACUUGAGGACACUUUCCGGUUUGGUGGGACAGAAGGGGACAACACUCCGACGGAAACAUACUGUAGGAAGGUUGCCACCUGGUUGGAUCAAUUAUUGGAUGGAAGUCUAAAGAAACAUUAUGUAGAACAGUGGCCAGAUGAAAUGAAAGCAAAUCAUGAUGACCUCAAGUGAACACAACCUGGAAUGAAAUGGUACCUUCUAAAGGUACAUUCUAGGACAUUGUAACUAGGGAGGCCACAGUCAUGCCUGUGACAUCAGAAAAGGACUGUGAACCCUCCUAGUUGAUUCAUAGUUUUUAAUUAAUGAAAUGCCGACAGCAUUUUCUGAUAUUUGUGUAUUAAACGUUUGGAUUCUAAACGUAGAUACAGUGUGGCCCAGCAGCAGGCCUACAGACAUACUCAAUACAGUGAUUGUGCUUUUAUUGUAUGGUUUGCAUUAUUGAAACGGAAAGAUGGCAAGGAAUCGAAAGACAAAC